CAUGAAAAAUAGUCAGAAAUUAGGAGGAAUUAAAAAAUUGUAACAAAAUUGUAACCAUGAAGACUUAGUCCAACAGGAGUAAAUCUGUCAAGAGUUGAAGGAUGAAAUAAUUUAAAUAUUAAGAAUGCCUUAAGAUCAUAUAUCUGCCAAGGAUGCUAUAAUUGCACUGAAAUCAGAGAAUUUUAUUGAAAGCCAUAAAGCAAUAAUAAAAUUAUAAAGAACUUUGUCAGUAUUUAUAUUUCAAUAAUUAAAAAGAAUUUUGAGUAAGCAGAAUCGAUUGCUUAAGAAAAUGAGCUAAUUCCUAUUUUAUUUCAUAUGAUCUAAUUUGGGUGUACAUAUUUGAUAAAACUUGAAGCUGCAUGUAGUUUAUAUUAUUAUUAUAAUUUUAGAAAUCAUAUCAAUUUUAGCUGGUGGUAGAAGUGAAAUAACAAAAAUUAUUAUGUAAAAUGGAAUUCUAUAAUUAUCUUUGAGUGUGCUAGAUGGUAAUUAGAGUGAAUUAAUUAUGUUAAUCAUAACAAUAUUAGGUAAAUUAGCUGGUGAAUCUGUCAAAUAUCGAGAUUCUAUAUUGUAAGUCUUUACUAUGGAGAAAAUAAUAAGCAAAAUGGAAUAGAAAUAUAAAUCAAUUUACAUAUGGUGUUUAGCUAAUUUGUGUAUAGGUAGACCAAGUCCUAGAUUUGAUAAAGUAAAAUUAGCAUUUGAAAUAUUUGCAAAAGUAAUUAUGGAAGAGUUCAAUCAAUAAAAUUUAAAAAUGAUUAAUGAUGCUAUUUGGGCAUUAGGAUAUAUGAUAGAUGGAGAACCUAAUAGAAUAACUGCAUUAAUAAAUAGUGGAGUUGUACCUUAAUUAAUUAAUCUAUUACCAAUGGGAAAUUUUGUAUCUAUUCUUAGAAUUUUUGAAUGCAUCUUUUAUGGAACUGAAGAAUAAAUUAAAUAUUUAUUAGAAUGUGGAUUUAUAGCUCAUAUUAGAAUGAUUGUUGAUCCUAAAAGUAGAGAAAAGAGUGGAGAUAUGAUAUAGACCUUUGCAGCUACAGAAACUCUGUUUAAGGUUUUAUCGAAUCAAAACUUUCUGAUCUCUCUUUUUAGAUCAUUAAGUGAUGAUAAUUCAAAUUUAAGAGGAGAUGCUUUAGAAGUAAUAGGAAAUGCUAUUCAACAUGGGACUAAUGAUGAUGUAAAUUAACUUGUUAAAAAUGGACUUAUUUAAUAUUUACUAAAAAUGUUGGAUAUUGCAAAUGAAAAAGAAAUUAUUUCAAUACAUCUUAAGAAAGGACUUGAAAUGUUAAUUAAAAUAAUUAGAAAAGGAGAAAUUAAGGUUAAAGAUAAUAAAUCUAAUUAAUUUUUUACUUUAUUUGUGUAAUUGGAUGGAAUUAGUAUAAUUCAAAAACUAUUAUCCUAUAAAUAGGAUGACGUUGCGAAAUAUGCUUUAAUAUUUAAAUAGGAAUUCGCUAUAUGA